AUGCUCAUCAUCUGUGCUGUGAUCGGGCUAUAUGGUAGGGGACCAUAUUCUCGAACAAGACCAUGUGCUCCGAAGCCAUGUCCUGAUGACUCGAAUGCCUGUGCUGAGGGAUAUUCACUCUACCCCAACUCCAAACUCAAGGAAGUUCUCUGUGGAAAUGUGACUCUGCCGAGUGACUAUGUGAUGCCAAAGUGUCGAAUCACAAAAGUCCUCGCAAAUUGUGCUUUCCCAAAUCUUGGCAUUUGGAGUGGCUGGAAAUCGACGGCACCAUGCACGGCAACCUGUGGACUCAACGGAAUGGUCACUCAGAAUAGAACUUGCUUGUCGGAAAGCAAAGGCCACAAAUGCACCGGCUCCUCAACAAGAACGAUUCAUUGUCCCAAACUCGCCUGUCCAGGAGAUGUGUGUGCAUUGGAUACGAAAGCGACAACGAAGAAGCCGACCACAACGACAACGACAAAGAAAACGACAACGACAAAGAAAACGACGACAUCGACAACAACCACAACUACGACCACAACGACACCAGCGCUACCAUGUGUCACAACUUCGGUACCCACCACAACCUAUGCCGAUUGUGCAGCUGUUGGUGGUGGCUUCAUUGAUGUCGGUGGAUCGUGUUAUCAAGCAAUCUUCAUCAAUGACUCUUACAUUGGUGGAGCUAGAGCCAAAUGUCAGGCAUUGAAUCCCAAUGCUGACUUGGGCACGAUUCGAUGUGAUUCGGAGAAUACAGGAGUUGCCAAUCUUGUACCAGCUGAUUUGAAGACUCAAUGUUCAACGUUUGGAAAUUUCUUCUAUAGUCAAAUGUUAUUGGGGAUUAACAAUGUGACAACGACGAGUGGGAUUGCCUGGUCAAAUGGUGCCAACUCGACUUAUCGAAACUGGGCCCCAGGAGAGCCAAACGGAAACAGUCCAGCAGAAACAGAUGCAGCCAGCAGUGCAACGCUCUACAUUGCGUCCACAGAUCCAGCUGGUGGCACGUAUCCGCUGGGACAAUGGGAAAACAUGCUACCAUCUUGGGUGGUUUGUGCGGCUGUCUGUGAAGUGAUCACGGCAAAAACCGGAAAUGGUUGUGGCUUCUCACCGUGCCAGAAUCUUCCG